GGGGGCUCCGUUGUCAUGGGGACGGCGCUAGGCCGCGGUCGUGGCCUACUCGGCGACUCGAGCGGAGGCUUCGUUGCCGUGGCAACGGGGAUAGGCCGCGCUGGCGGAGGACCCCGGGGGGGGGCCGGACCCGCAACCCGGGGCCCCGCCGCCAUCCCGGGCUGGGAAACGGGCCCGAUCGUUUCCAGAUCCCCGGUGAGUCACGGGAGAGGCGGUGGCGGCAGCGUGAGACCCGUGGGGACGGUAAUCCCCCCCUUCCCCGCCCGCCCUGCGCCCCCCACGUGUGUCCCGGCCCGCCCCGGACAUGAGGCUGAUGUGGGGAAGGGGCUGACCCCUCGCCGUGCUCCCCUCAUCACCAUGGCCUCCCAGCCGCAGCCCCUGCGCCCCGCCGUGCCCUGCGCCGCCCCCGCCAGCACUGGAGGGGCCGCUCUGGCUGGCAGCCCCGACAAAGGCACCACGCGCCCCAAGCCGCCGGUGCGGCCCAAGCCCCGCGUGCUGCCCAAGCCGGCCGUGCCCGCCAAGCCCCCGGUGCCGCCCCCUGUGCCGGGCCCGCGGCACCCCCGGCCCGAGCUGCCCUCGGCCGAGAAGAUGAACCGCCUGGCUGGGCCGCAGCCCUACAGCGGGGGUGGCACGGGGGGGCCCCUCCGCCGCCCCUCCUUCACUGUCAGGUCACCCGAGACCCCCAACGGGAAGGGGCUCCCGUCCCCCCCUGUGGCAGCCGCCGAGGAGGAGGUGCCCCCCGCCCCGCCGACCCCCUUGCGCAAGGGCCCCGCGCCCUUCAAGGUGACGCCGGUGCCGGUGGCCGCCAGGCCGGAGCGCUUCCCAGGCACCAUUGUGGAGGAGAUCCUGGCCAAGAUGGACAGCAGGGAGGGUCCGGGCAGCCCAGACAGGGCCUGGCUCUCGCCCUUCUGUCCCGACCCCUCCUCCCGCUUCGGCUCCAAGACCUUCGCCGCCUUCCGGAGGCGUCCCAGCGGGGAGGCGGAUGGAGACCCCCCUGGUGAAGCCCCCCACACACCCCGACCUGCGGCGGGCGAGCUGGGAACGGGGGAUGACGGACACUCCGUGGCUGAGACGAGCGGCUCCCCCCCAGCUGGGCCGCGCUGUGCUGGGGACCCCCGUGGACACCGGAGGCCACCGUCCCCUCCUGAUCUCUCCUCUCUCCAACUGGGGGCCCUCGGACCCCCGGGCUCCCCACGGCCCCCCACUUCCCCGACCCCAGCCCCGGGAGCUCCCUUCCAGCCUCCCGAGCCCUCUGCACCGGCCCCCGGCUCUCCUGAUGCCCCCGCUGAGCUCCUGGCCCUCGACUCCCCCACACUGCCCCCCGGCUCCCCCGAAUCCCCCACUCAGCCUCCAGCCGAGGCCCCUGCCCCCUCCAGCCAGGCCCCAGGUGCUCCCUCGGCCACCAAACCCCAUCUCGGCACCUCCCGCUCCCCUGGCUCCCCCCACACUCCCGGGGAGGGUUCCCCUGACACUGCCAGCCCGCCUGGCACUCCCGAACUGCCCCCCCGAGUCACCUGCCCCCCUGGCUCUCCUGAGGCUGCUGCCGAGUACCUGGGCCGCCCCAGCCCACCCCUUGCCAAAGCCUCUCGUCCCCCAGGCUCCCCAGAGGGACCUGAUGACUCCACAGUGUCCCCACAGUCCUGUGAGGGUCCCGAUUUCAGCUCCUCUCCCCGGGACGUGGGACUGCGGCGCUCCUCAGAGGGGGUGCUGCAGUCCCCGCCCACAGGGCAGGGCCUGGGGGAGCUGGGGGGUUCACUGAGUGCCCUGCCCCGGCCUGGAGACCCCCUGUCUGAGCCCUCCCUGGGCAGUGAGUCUGGCUGGAGCCUUUCCCAGUCCUUUGAGUGGACGUUCCCAUCGCGGGGGACACGCUUGUCGGCCUUUCCCCCCCGCUCCCCAAUCCGGGAGACGCCUGACUCGGGGCUCUCUGAAGAGGGAGAGUCGGAUGGGGAGGCUGCAGCCCACAGCCCCCCGGAGGACAGCGGCUCUGAAGGGCCUGACAGCCACAGGGCAGAGGGGGCUCCAUGCCCAGGGGGUCCUGUAGCCCAGCGAGAAGCUGAGGGCUUGACAGAGGAGGAGGAGGAAGGGGAAGUAGAGCGAGGCAGCCCUGGGUCCCAGUCCCCACUUCAUGUGACAGAGCCUGGCUGGCACCCAGCUGAGCCUGAGACCCCCACCCAGCCCAGCAUCACCACAGCUGCACCCCUGGAUCCAGCCCCCCCAGAUCCAGCCCCUCUGGCUGACUUGGCCUGGGCAGGUGACAGCCCCAAAGACCUGCAGGGCCCUGGGGGGCCAGGCCAGGCCGAAGGACCCCCACAGGGCCCUGACCCCCACGCCGACCCGGGCUGGCUGACAGAGCUGCUGGCAUCACCUGGGGCCCACACCACAGGGCACGGCUCAGCAGAGGGCCUGCUGGGCUGGUCACGGAAGGACCUGUGCAGUGAGUUCGGCAUUGGCCGCCCUCACCGGGCCGGUACCUUUGGCUGGAGCUGCCCAGCUGUGUCCAGGGAGAGAGACUGGCCUGCUGAGACCGAGCAGGACCAGGAAUUCAGGGCCAAAUCCAGCUGGGACAGCAGCCGCAGCGACAGGGCUGGGGCCAGGCCAGAUGGGCACUUCAGCGCUGCCCGGGAGGGCUGGAGCAGUGACUACAGAGGGACGGAGCUGAUGGGGGACACCAAACUGGGUGGCAGUGACUGGUCCCAGUCCCUCGAUGCUGGGGAGAGCUGCCUGCGGGAUCCAGACUUUGGCAGCAGCACAGCCAAGUGGGGCCCGGGCUAUGGCCUGGGCCGUGCCAGCAGCACGGAGGAGCUCGACUCGGGGCAGCCCACCUGGGCGGGCAGGUAUGGCACCGGCGACACGGAGAUGAAGGACAGGGAGCUCACCCAGGACUGGGCCAGUAAAUACAGCAGCCGGGAUGCCAGGAGCAAGGAUGAGGAUUUUACGCUGGGCUGGGCUGGCCGAUCCAGCACUGGGGACACUGGGAGCCCGGACAAGGAACUCAGCCCCAGCCGGCCGUCCUGGAACAGCAGGUACAGCACCCGGGACAUGGAGAGCCAGGACCGGGAGUUCAGUCCCAGCCGGCCAGCCUGGGCUGGGGAAUACAAGGACACACAAAGCCAGGACAGGGAGUUCAGCCCCAGCCGGCUGGCUGAAGGCAGCGAGUGCAGCACUGGCAACGUGGAGACCCAGGACCGGGAAUUCAGCCCCAGCGGAGCGGCCUGGGAUAACAGGUACAGCACUCAGGACAUGGAGAGCCAGGACCGGGAGUUCAGCCCCAGCCGGCCGGCCUGGACUGGUGAAAUCAGGGACAUGGAAAGCCAGGACAGGGAGUUCAGCCCCAAGAGGCCAGCCUGGGCUGCUGAAUACAGGGAGAUGGAAAGCCAGGAUCAGGAGUUCAACCCCAGCAGGCUGACCUGGGAUGACAGAUCCAGCAGCAGGGACACAGAGAGCCAGGACCGGGAGUUCAGCCCCAACAGGCUGGCUGAAGCCAGCGAGUGCACCACCAGGAACCUGGAGACCCAGGGUGGGAAGUUCAGCCCCACUGGAGCAACCUGGGGUGACAGGUCCAGCACCAGCAACAUGGAGACCCAGGACAGUGGAUUCACUCCCAGCAGAGCAGCCUGGGAUGACGGGCACAGAGCUGGGGACAUGGAGACCCGGCACGGGGAGUUGUUCAGCCCCAGCGGAACGGCCUGGGGCGACAGGUCCAGCACCAGGGAUGUGGAGGCCCAGGACAGGGAGUUCAGCCCCAGUGGAGCAGCCCGGGAUGGGGAGCACAGCUCUGUGCUCCCCAUGGAGGAAGAGCAGGAGCUGAUCCCGGGCCGGCUGAGCUGGUCCGGUGAGGGCAGCAUCAGCCAGGCCAGGCCUGUUGGGGUCAGUGAGGAAGAUGUGCCUGGCUCCCUCUGCCCUGAUUCCCUGGCCCAGGAGCCCACCUGGGGCAGUGCCCACCAGCAGGAGCGUGGCAGCUCCAGCAGCAGGGACUGGGCUGAGGAGCUUGGAGGAGGCGACUGCCACAACCAGUUUGGUGCCAUUGGGACAGAGCGGGUGCCAGACCCCUGCAGCAGCGGAGCCUCGGAUGGCGCCAUGUCCAGGGGCCUGCAGUCCCUGGCAGGCUGGCACAGGGAUAUCUCUCUGGACACGGAGGAUGCCCGCUGGAGCCAGGACCUGGAGCACUGGAGUGUGGAGCUGCAGGACGCCGAGGCCAAGCGCCAGGAGUGGGCAAGUGCCUUCGGUGCCCGCUGUGCCGCCCGCAGCCGGGACCUUGGCACUGGGGAACGGAGCCUGGGAGGGGACACCGGCACAGAGGACAGCAGGAGCCUCCGUCUUUCAGCCCCCAGCCCACCGAUGGGUGAUGCCCCAGCCGACCCCCCAGCUCUGCAGACCCCCCAGGGUGAGCUGCUCAGCCCCGCUGAGGAGGAGAGGGACCUCCCCGAGCACGCCGCUGCCCUGCAGAGCCCCGGGGCCCCCUGUCUGCUGCUGGAGGCUGCCAGCAGGAUCCCAGUGGACACAGGGAUUGAGGAACCCACCUCGGACCACCCCGAUGGGGACAGCCCCCCGGGCUGGGGGGAGCAGCGGCUCUCCCUGGGCACCCCCCAGCCCGAGGGGCCCGUGGAGCAGGGGCAGGAGUUCCCCUUCCUGGAGGACACGGAGCUCCUGGACAGCAGCGUGUUCCGCAGCAAGGCCAGCCUGGGCCGCAAGCGCCGGCACCGGGCCCCGGCCCUGCGUCCCACCGCCCCCGAGGGGGACAGCUGGAUCUUCCGGGACUCCACGGAGCCCCGGCCAGCCCCACCAGCGUCCUCCGACGAGGAGGCAGCGGAGGAGCCCCGGAGCCGGCGGGUGCGCGGCUCCCCUUUGGGCAGGGGGGUCAAGGUGCCCCUCUUCCCCGGCCUCAGUGCCUCAGCCAUCAAGGCCAAGCUGAGAGGCCGCAACCGCUCGGCCGAGGAGGGGACAUCAUCAGGGGACAGCAAGGGGACCUCUUCCAAGGACCCCCACGUGCAGCGCUCCAAGUCCUGCAAGAUCCCUGGUGUGAGUGGGAAACCCCCGGCGCUGCCCCCCAAGCCGGAGAAAUCGUCAGGAUCUGAGGCCUCCCCCCCACACUGGCUGCAGGCACUGAAACUGAAGAGAAAGAAGCCUUGAGCGGGCUCUCUCCCCGAUGCCGAUGGCCGCUGUCCCGGGACCAGGGCUGUCCCCUCCCGUGGGGACACACACACACACACACACACACACCUAUGCACUUUGUACGAGCUCGCAGGGUCCCCGUCUCCCCCCAGCACCUCCUCCCCAUCCCCAUCCCCACAUUGUACCCCAUCCCUGGGGCUGGGGGUGGGCACGACCCCCCCCCUCCCCUCACCCCUGCUCGUGUAUCGCCCUGUGUCCAGGGCGGCGGGUCCGGCUCGUGGUGCUGCUGCCACAGACAAUAAAACCUCGCUGGUCAGUC